CAGGCGUGUGUCGGCCGGCAAGAUUUUAUUAAUACCCGUGGACCGUGUUAGAGAGCAAGAAGGUUCCCUGCGCUAUGAGACGGCGCUGCUCGAGUGCCAAAAAUAAUCAGCGGAACACCCGCUUACGUAGGUAAACCUCGCGGCCGCCGGCAGACUCCAAUAAAAUUGGAUCCGAUCAGUCGUCGCGAACUUUCGGAGUAUUUUUUUUCUUUCAUUUCAGUCGGGUGAAGCGUCGUGUUCUUGCGUCGCCGGAACGGAUUAUCCGUUCGUGCAUAGAAGAAUCGUAAGAAGAGUAAACAGAAGAGAGACGAAUUUGGUUCAUGCCGACGACAGGUAGUGGCAUCGCUUCCUCGAAGUUCCACAAGCGAUUCGCUCGUACGACGACUCGCACCGAAUAUCGCUCGUAACCGAAAAUUCUCCCAGUCUAGAUGUGACUGAUUGACGCGAUAAUGACAUUGCCGUCCUGUGGCACAGUGGUUUUUAAACGUACGUAACUGCGUACAGAUGGAAGCAACCAUGAAUAUUAGAGGUCAAUGUCUCAUCUCUUACCUCGCGCUGGUGUUCGUCGUGUGUCUGGCCAAAGACGCGCAUAUCGUCGGCAGAUGGGCGGACAAGUUAGGCACUGAAUUAUGGGACCUUGCGAGCGAAGUGGGCCGUCCCGAGGAAUUGCUGGAAAAAUAUAAGAGCAUGAACACGCGGGUGGAGGACAAGUCUGGCGAGGAACUGGUAAGCAUAAUCAGCGAAAACGUGGGUAGGAUGCUGCGCCGAAAGAUGGAUGCGGUCACCUGCAUUCGAAUGAAAGCCGAAAAGAUCGCGGAAAAAUGGGACCCGUCCACUAUGGGUAACUUCACCUACAUUUCCAGCAAACCUAAGAAAGACGCAGACAACAGCAGCGUAUAUAGGGAAAUGGAACUGACUGCGGACUCGCACUUCUACAACAUCCCGGUGAACACUAGCUACUCGUCGGUCCACAUACCUACCAACGUGUUUGAUCACACGCCGGAAGUGGUGGAGGACAUAAUGAAGAGCGAGCCGUUGGACGAAAUAUUCCGUCAGAAUUACGAGUCCGACCCGGCAUUGUCCUGGCAGUACUUUGGCUCGGUUACUGGUGUGCUGAGGCAAUAUCCCGCCAUGGAGUGGCGCACGAGCACGACCGACGACGGUGAGGAUCCGCCUGCCGAUCUGUACGACUGCCGGCUUCGCAGCUGGUUCAUCGAGGCGGCCACAUGCAGCAAGGAUAUGGUGAUCCUGAUGGACACCAGUGGCAGCAUGACGGGCAUGGGAAAGACGAUCGCCAGGACAACAGUCAGCUCGAUCCUGGACACCUUGUCGAACAACGACUUUGUGACACUGUUAAAGUACGGUAAUGACACGAGCGACAUGGUGCCGUGCUUCAAGGACAUGCUGAUUCAGGCCACCCCGGAGAAUCUUGAUACGUUCAAAAAGUCCAUGAGCAACGUGACGACUGAAGGCGUUGCCAAUCUCACAGCGGCCUUCACCGCGGCGUUCAGCCUGCUUGAGACUUACAGAGAGACACGUGGAUGCGACACCGGCACGCCGUGCAAUCAGCUCAUCAUGCUCGUUACCGAUGGCGUUCCCGGAAAUCUGACGGAGGUGUUCCAAAAGUGGAAUUGGAAAGAGAAUAGCACUCACAUACCGGUGCGCGUAUUCACGUAUCUUUUGGGCCGCGAGGUAACGAAGGUGCGGGAGAUCCAGUGGAUGGCGUGCUUGAAUCGCGGCUACUACAGACACGUGCAGACGCAGGAGGAAGUGCGCGAGCAAGUACUCAAGUACAUCCCGGUCGUGGCGCGUCCGCUGGUACUUCAGGAUGUGGUGCACCCGAUUGUGUGGACGCACGUCUACGCCGAUGUCACGAAUCCGGCACUUGCCGCUUGGCUGUGGGUGGUGAUGAAGCAAGAGGAGCAAUACUCGCGGCUGCAAAAACUCCUGAAGGGAAAACGACUGGGCGUGCGAGUUAACGAGGACGCGAUCUACAUACAACAGCUGCAUAAGAAAGAGAACAUCGAAGAGGACCCGUCCAAACUGAACACCACCGCCUGGCAGGAAUAUAGACUGCUGACCUCCGUCAGUACAUCCGUGUUCGAUCGCAAUAACGAAAGUCGCGUGACGAAUCUGCUCGGCGUGGCCGGCACGGAUGUGCCGAUCGACGACAUCCGCAAGCUCACGUUGCCGUACAAGCUCGGUGUGAACGGUUACGCCUUCAUCGUGUCCAACAACGGUUAUGUGAUACUGCAUCCGGAUCUCAGGCCCGUCUACAGAGGCCGGCUGAAAUUGAACUACAACAGUGUCGAUCUCACCGAGGUAGAAAUACUCGACGACGGCCGCGGACCUAGGAACCCGGGUCCGGAGAUAUUGGAGCUGCGAUCGGCGCUGGUCGAUCACAAGCGAGGUAGCAUAAGGGGAAUCCCCGUGAAACUGCAUUACGACGACAAUCGUCGUGUGACCCUCGAGAGACGGGAUUACUUUUACGCGCCUUUGCCAGGAACACCGUUUGGCCUCGCAGUCGCCAUACCCCAUUAUGGAACAACAUGGAUCAAGGUCGGCGACGAGAUUCGCCGAAACCAGAACAUGAACGUGAACGUGUCGGACUUCUUCAAGGGUGAUCAUUGGCGCGUUCACCCCAGCUGGGUGUAUUGCCGUUACCACUAUCUCGAGGGUCACCGAUUCGACAGUCCCGAGGACGAGCUUCGCCAUUUCCUGGCGUUGUUGAGCCGGCCAGGAUGGCGAUGGGCCGAGCAAUACGAAGCUUAUCCGCCGGUGGACGAGAACUUUGAUGAGAGUUUGGACGACCCUGACUGCGGCAGGCAGACGCUCUCGCACGAGGAUUACUAUUGCAACAAGGAGCUCAUGCAACUGUUGGUGUUUGACGCCAAGGCCACCAUCAACAGCUUCCGCGGAGACUACGUGGAGGAUCUUCCGGUCAGGGCGCGGGACUUGGCACGGUUCUACGGUAUUUUUCUGCGCUUCAUCGCCACGCAGAGCGGCCUUACCAGAUGGCAUCAUCUUCGCACCAACGAAUUUCCCGAUGCGGACGAUGGCAUCGUCUUCGGUGACCUGCAUAGACGAGCCGUCAAUGAGCCUUGGUAUAAGGGCGCCAUCUUCCAGAACGAACUGGACCCGAACAGCAUCUAUUUGUCCGUUCCGUGGGAAGCGGGCGCGGACGCGAUGGUGACGGCUUCCAUGAGCCUGUCACCCAAGGAUGGCGGUAAAAAGGCGCCGGCGGCCGUCGUGGGCUUCCAGAUGCCGAUGACAGGCCUGUACAAGAGAUUCAUCGAGCUCACCUCGGUGACGACAAAUCCACUGAUGAAUUGUUCCCACAAAUGGAUCGAUUGCUAUCUACUGGAUCAAAAUGGUUACGUGGUGAUAUCGGAGGCGCAUAACGACACCGGCCAAUUCAUGGGCACUCAGGAAGGCGCCGUCAUGAAGUCCAUGGUCGGUCAGGGUCUUUACAAUUCGAUCGAGAUCUACGAUUAUCAAGCUUGGUGCCAGGAGACUCGAGUCGACAAUUCCGCCAGCAGUCUGAUGGAGCCGUUACGAUACGUCUGGAGGCAGUUUCUGUGGCUUAUGUUGCGCUUGACGUGGUUCUCGGCCCAGUUUGUGAAUAUUCCCGGCAUCCACGGUAAGAUCCACAGCGACGAAGACGCACCUGAACUGCCACCACGGCCGAAACCUUACUUGUACCAUUAUCCGUGUGAUCAGAAGAGGACUCUCUAUAUGUUGAACGAGACCGUCGCCGCCAAAGGCGUCACCAAUCACUCCGAUUAUUGCUCGAGGCCGUACUACGCUCAAAGAGUAACGCAUACAAAUCUGCUGUUAGUCGUCGUGGACAGCAUGUAUCCGACGUGCUACAGGAGAUUGGAGGUAACGCCCGUCAACAUCGAGCCUACUGAAUAUACUAAUGGCACGGCCGAGAAACCCUGCCAUAAGAUUCCGUUGAACGCUCUAAAGAGACGUCGACUGGAGAGCUGCUUCACGGAACAUCCUUUGGAGUACGAGAUCCACGACUGUGGAGGCGCGUCCGGAUUGUCCUUGACAUUGCUUUGCAUCGUUAUCGCUGGGAUCUUAUGCGCCAUUCUAUGACUAGACUCGAUUGAUCAUUCUUUAAAUAAUAUGUACGACUGUUUUGCAAUAAAAUAACGUAUCUCUCUGUCUA